CUCGAUUGCAAAAGUCCAACGGUCAUGAGAAGAUUACCGGAACUCGUCCGUAGCGAGACACCCGAUAGGAGUGAGUUCCCUCAGUAAUACGGGAUUUGCCGCUGGCGUAUUUGGCAACAUCGUGGGAAUCCUUUGUUCUGCAUGGGCUGUUAUUACGUUGAUGGAUCGCUGCUCGGCCGGCUUUUGUUGUUUAAAUCUGUAGUUUUUCCUCGCAUCCCCGACUUCUUUGUGUAGCCUCCCCACCUCUUCGAUUUCCUUGACUCGCCCGGCGCGUUUUCCAAUUUGCCCCUCCUGAACCACCACCAAGCGAUGCGAAUAUGAACUACGAUGGACAGACCAUGGUGAUGACCAGCGAUGAUGAAACUGCCGACUACGAGGCUAUGGAUAUGGGGGAGCAGCAACUACAGCUCCAACAGCUCCAACAACGACAACAACCUAUGCAGAACAUAUCGAUAGAUGGAAACACUCGAGCGUGUCAAUCAUGCCGUGCCUCGAAAGUCCGAUGCGAUCAACCAAACCCAGGCAUGCCAUGUUUGAGAUGUCAGAAGUCCGCCAAACCGUGUAUCCCCGCCGGCCAAUCGUGGAAGACGCAGCGCCAUAUGAACAGUCGCAUCGUCGAGAUGGAGUCUAAGAUUGAUAAAAUGAUAUCUGCCGCUGCAACGCAGGGUCCAGGGCCCGAGAAUAAAGGCGAGAGGAGUCGAUCGAUGGAUUUCGCGCAGGACCCGAUAAUGAAUCCCACGAUUAAGCCUGCCUUGCCGUCUGUAGCAUCGAGUUCCGAAGAUAGCGACUGGAACCCGAACGGCAUUCCCCUGGGGUUGGAAGAUACCCUCGCACUGUAUAUCGACCACUUCACAAUGGAAACCAUCUUCAACAGAUAUCUCACCAAUAUGGCCCCGACAUUUCCCGUCGUUAUUUACCCCCCUGGAACGACUGUUUCGGAAGCACGCAACGCCAACCCGGUGCUCUUCUACGCUAUUCUUGAUGUCGCUUCGUCUGGAUUUUGCGAGUUAGAAGUUCAACGCCGUUUACGAAAAUUGAUCGUACAAACAUAUGUCCACUACAUGCUCCGAACAGACCUCUACAAUCUCGGACUGCUGCAAGCACUGAUUGUCUCCGCAACGUGGUAUCGCUCAAUCGAGCCGUUGCAGCCUGGCGAGCAGAUGGACAUUUACCAGCUCAGUCACACAGCAGCCAACAUGGCGUUAAUUAUGGGGCUGGGAGAAAGUCUGAACGCAAAAUCAUGGGGAGGCCCCAUGUUUCCGCGUACGCAGAAGGGCAACGGACCUCAGAGUCCCCACCAGGUCGAAUCUUUCGAUGCACGGAGAGUGUGGUUGGGAUGCUAUUACCUCUGCUCAAAUACCUCCAUGUCCCUACACGCUCCCAAUGUCAUGCGAUGGACCCGCACCAUGGAUGAAUGCCUGGAAGCACUCGAAACAUCUACAGCGGCAUAUCCAUCCGACAAGGUUCUGUGUCAACAUAUUCGACUACAACACAUCACGGAAGAGUUUGCUUUGCAACUCUCCCUCGAAGACUCCUCUGCUCCCAUACCAACCCGUGCCAUUCAAACACAGGUCACCCACCGCGCCUUCAAACGUCAGCUGGCUGACUGGCGAACCAACAUCCAAGACGGUGUUUGGAACGGUGUACUUGAAUUCUCGUAUUAUUUCUCAUGGCUGUAUAUAAGCGAAGUCGCCAUGUGUACGCCGUAUUCCAACAUAAGUCCGGAUAUAGAUCCGGUUUCUGAGGAACAGGCCUUACACGGUGUCAGAAACCAUAGCCCGGUGUUCAGUGAAUUCUCGGAAACCGUAGACAAUAUCUUCCGCGUAUUCACGUCGCUGGACAUGUCUGCGAUCCGAGCAUUCCCCGCGAUGCAUUUGCUUCGCAUGAUAUACACCGUCAUUAUCUUGGUCAAGCUCCAUUUUGCCGCGGUGAAAAUGGGCAGCGAAGAGGCCCAGCGACAGCUCGACCGAGCCAGCGUCGCGAGGCGCUUAGACUGCAUUAUCCAGAUGUUCGCCGGAUGGGGCACACUGUGGCCGGCGACCAAGUUGACAACGGCCUUUUUCAAAAUCCGGACAUGGUUCGAGAAAUGCGAAGAUGGCCAGAUAACAACGCAGCAUGAUGGACCGGUGUUUAGUCAAUGGCGAGUCAACCCCUUACCCGUCCUCGAACUGGACUACUCCGAUUCUUCCUUCCAACCUGUUUCCUCAGAUGAUGGAUCCGGGUUCUUCUCCAGCUCUCACAUCCCGACCUCUUGGAAUGGCUCUCGGGCGUCGGAGCACAUGGAGAGUAUCCCCUUUUCGUUUGGGUCGCCGCUGGACAUUGACUUCCCCACUGGCCUCACUCCGACGAGUAACAGCGACCUGUUCAACUAUCCCCUCUCUUUGAAAGAUUUACCACCGUUGAUGAGUAGCGACACCACGAACGACCCGACGUAAUAUAAAUAAUACAAUGGAGUAAUGGAGUUUUAAAAAGGGAGUCGCAUGAAAAUGUACAUAUUAUUCAUACAAUAUACAAUAUACAAUAGUUAGUUAUACAUACCUAGAAACUAUUAUUAUUUGAAUUUGU